AUGCCAUGCGAUGAGGAUGAGAGGGAUCCCAGCAGUACCAAACGUCAACGGGAAGUGGGACGCAAGGAGUUCGGCACGUUUGCUUUGUAUCACUCGUUUGAGGAGCACGUUACAAACACGCAGAAUGCCUUCUUGAAGGGCGAUAAUCAGUUAGCCGAGCGGGAAGCAACAUUAGCACUGCGCAUUCGCCCUACGGCCCAUCUCUUCGCACUUUUAGCUGUUAUUGCCGAAUCCAAGGGGCAGUACGACCGCGCCAGUGAUUUCCGACUCCUGCAGGCCUUUCUAGCCCACGAUAUGGUGCUCUGGGAGGAGCUUCUGCACGAGUUCCUAUCCGAGCAGUUGUACUACAAAUCCGUGGUCUGCUUGCAACGCCUGUCCGCGAUGGAGAAGUGCCCGGUGCGGUACCGAACCCUCCAGCUCCAGCUUGCAGAUCUACUCAUCGGCCUGGGCGAAAUACGUCGUGCAACUAAUGUGCUAGUCCCGCUCUGGAAUAGUAGCCGCUGUAGGGAUUUUGACGUGUUUGCAUUGCUCUCUUCUCUGUACUUCCAGCUAGGAAAGUGGUCCUCGCUGGAGGGGUUGAUCACGAGUAGCCUUAAAAAUACAUUCUGCGUAGAUAUGCCUGUAGGUGAUGCAGUUCCGUUGGUGUCAGGCGUGGAGGCAAAUACCGCUCGAGAUAAUGUCGAUACUAGCGAUGGGAAUCCCGAUUCGAAAAAGGAAACCAAACGUAAACGUGUGUCGAAGCGAGUGCGGUUCUAUAACGUGCCUGAGGAUACUGACAAAGUAGAUGCUGAGGAUAAGGAAAAUACUACAACUCCGUUCCCUCAAAGCGGCCUCACAAACAAACCAGACGUGAUGCGUGAAAUGCCCGAUUCCGAGGCAGAAGACCUGGAUGAGUUUGACUUUACCAGCUUGACGGAAGAGACAACUAGACAUAUGGCCAGUGAUUCAGCGCUGCCAAGAACACCGGGGGAUGGGUCGGCGGAGCCCAUAAAAAGCCUUUACGGGGAUCGUAUCGAUUUGAGCACGCCGGACGCGAAGCGCAACUUCUUGAUAUUGAUAAACGUGCACACAGAGCUUCUCAAUGAGAGUGGGAAAUUUAUGGAAACUGUGCAGGUGAUGGAGUUCACGGCUGCAUGUCUGCACGUACCGAUAUUAGAUUUACCGCCCGAUCUUCUUGUGCGGUUGGGGACGGCGUAUGCCUUUCUUGAAGACAUGAAGCAACCUUGUAAGGAUGUUGUUCAUUAUCUGAUCGAUACAUGCCCCAUGGAUACAUACGCGGAUGUGCUUUUGGAUAUGGCGAUGACUCUUCAGAAAACUGGAAUGCACACUGAAGCAAGGAUGAUAUUUGCGAGCUGUGUACGGUACUACGACGCUAUCCACCGACGCUUGGCGGCGGAUGUGCUCCAACUGGAGCGAGCGAUUGGGGUGGCUGAUGGGGGAGAAAAGAGCCAUGGUGGCGAAGAGAUUCGCACAAAGCGACUUCAGGCCCUACACGAACGUCUGAAGGAGGUGGAAACAGAGCUGCGAGAGGUUAAAACGGUCCUCGCAGCGGCCCACUACGGCCAGGCGCAGAGCGGUUUCUCAAUUAGAGACAUCAAAGACGCCGAGCAGGAAGCAAAAAUGGCGUUGUCGUUUGAGCCAGAUCAUUUACAGGCGCGCCUACUCCUUGGGAGGUUGUAUUUUUAUGAAAAGAAAGAUCUCGAUGAGGCGGUGCGUAUACUUACACCGAAGGAAACGGAUGCGGCUUUGUGUCGUAUUCAACUAGGGGCCUUUCUCGUGCGUAUUUUCUUCAAGUCUCGCCGGUAUGUGGAGGUGAUCGCGCUGGGCGUUUCGAUGUUCGAGAUGAUUCUCUCCAGCGCCGAGGACGGCGAUACGAUGUCGGUCGCGCCGGGCUCCUCCCGGCGAUCCUCCGCGCCCUUUCUCCUGCCCACACUCUCGCGCGCGACUUCCGCGAUCAUUCCAUCCGUGUCCGUGGUGGGGAUGAUUCGAGGGUCUGGUGGUGUGGACCCUUCCAAUCGACUCUCCGCCUCGCUCGCGGCGUCGAUACGAUCGGGAACGUCGGUGGUGCGGCAGCAGCUCGCCCGGCGGGAUCGUGCGUCGCUGACGACGACCGCGUAUGGCGCGUCCGCGGCGGCAUCCAUCGCGGCCGGGUGGAGCCGCGAGGACGAGGAGGCGAAACUCAAGGAUAGCUCCACCAUUUUUCGGUUUAACCGCAAGCGACGAGCUGGCGGCAGUCGGGAGGGAUUGCAGGGGAAAGGCCAAACCGGGAUGGGUACCACGCCAGACGAUGUCGAUGCUGUUUUGGAGUCGAAAAAAGCCAAGGAGGAGGAGGAAGUCGAACGGAAGCGGCGGCGCAUCGAAGAGGUGACCAAGCGCGACCCGCGGAGCUUUUGGGAGGCCCCCAAGGACGGCGAGGAGGUGGAAGCCCCGACGGACCGGCCAGAGGGUGCCCCGGUUGAUAUCAAAGAAGAGGAAACCGCCGCGGUAAACGAGCCAUCGAGUGCUUGCAAGAAGCCAAAUACGAAGCAGACGCCGCCGUUGCGUCCGGCCGAGAUGCCGAAGAUGGCAAACUUCACCACCGUCGGUGAGAAGGACCGUGAUCUGUCGGAGCUGGAGGGUUUCGAGGAGUCGCUAAAGGCGCAGCGCGAUGAUGCCGCGGGCGAUGCCCCGAGGCCUGAACGGGACGCCGAGGCAGUCGAGGAUGAGGUGAGCCCGUCCUCCUACGAGCUCCCCAGCUUGGAGGAGGUGAGUAAGCAAUUCACCGAUCCCGCCAUGGCGCAGCUCUUUUUAAAGGUGUCGUCCAAUGAGCCUCCCACGAGUCCCUUGUCGGGCGCGUUACGAACAGAUGCUCGGGUGGAUCUUUCGCGGAAUCCAUCCCACCCGGAAGGCGUUAGUGGCGUUAUGGAUCGCGUAACGGCGCGGGAAGCGAUCACGGCAUUGGGCCGCGCGGAGUUUCUCGCGCUCGCGGUUUCCAUCGUGGAGAGCUACAGUGCCCUAGGGAAGUUCUCCGAGGCCAAGGAGUUCGCCUCCGUUGCGCUCAUUCGCUUUUCCAAAAAGAGAAUUUUUGGACAGAUGGGGAAUCCGUUGGAGCGGCCGCUUCGGCUAGCGGUGCUGCGCGCGGCACUGGCCGCCGGCGAGAGCGAGGAUGCGUUUCGAGUCGGCUUCCGGCUUCUUCAGGAAGAAAGCCUCCCUGAGGAGCAUAGCGAAGUGGUCGAACUCAUGCACGGCGUGCUCAGUCGUUGCGAGGAUCGUUCCUCGAUUCUCUACCGCGCCUUUGCGGAGAGUCGUUGCGAUGUAGUCCAUCUAGUUCUUCUGGCAAACCGCUAUUACCAGACUCGUUCCUACACCCGCGUCUUGAACCUUUAUCUGGUGGCCUUGGAGCGACGGCCAAGGGAUAUUUUUCUCAAUUUCAUGGUAGGUCUUUGCUACGUGCUGUGCAGCCACCAAAAGCGGGUGACGCUGCGCGAGGAAUGCGUCUCAGCGGGGGUGUAUUAUCUUUCCCAAUACCAAACCCUUCUCGUCGCCCUUGAUCCGAGUCGUAUGGGUGAGGCUUUAUACAACUCUGCGCGCGCGUUGCAUUACCUGCGACUGUAUCACCUGUGCGCGCCGCUUUACGAGCGCAUCAUACGUGAUCUCUGCGUACCGGAAGAAUGCUCCAUAGCGAUUCAAAGGGCCGCGCGAUUCAACCUCUACUUUCUCUAUAGAUGGGGCUCUGGUAAUCGCGAGUUGGGUCUGGCAGCUUUGCAAGCAACAUGA